AUGAGGGUGCUAUUAGUGUUAGGUUUUCUAACGAUUUUGGCAGUUGUGCAUUCACGACGUUUACCCGCGCGACGUCUUGAACAGAGUGCAGACCUAGAAGCUAAGGAUCAGCAACCUGCUGCGACGGAUCAUAAAAAAGAAGCACCAAAGAACCAUGAGUAUAAAAAAGGAGGUGGAAAGGAGCAUCACGCACAUCAUCAUCACGACCAUGAAGAAAAAGGGGUGAAGGGGUACAAGGGACAUCAUCAUCACGAGAAGGGUGAGAAGGGUCAUCACGAUAAGGAGCACCACAAAGGCGAGUACGAUGACCAUGGUGGUCACAAAAAAGAUCAUCACCAUGAAGAUGGUCAUUACGAUGAGUUCCAUAAAGGUGAAAAGGGUGAAAAAGGGCACAAGUACGAAGAAAAGGGGCAUUACGAUAAGGGCCAUUCAACCAAAGGACAUCAUGAAAUUCACAAACUUGAUGAAUUCAAAAAAGAUAAACAUUUCUUUGAUGAAGAGGGAGAUUCAGGCCACGAAGAGAAACACGGAGGUUUCCACGAAGAACAUGGUCACAAGAAGGGUGGCCACUUCCACAAAGGUCAUCAUCAUGGUGACCACCACGAAAAAGAACACGGUGAAAAAGGUUUUCAUGAAAAAGGUGGUCACCACCAUGAACACAAAGGACAUAAAGAAGCCGGUGGACACGAUUCGCACUAUAAACAUCAUCAUGACCAUGGCAAGAAAGGCGACCACGAGCACCAUAAGAAAUAUGGAUACAAAAAAGGUCACUGA